UAAAAUUAUGAUGAUGAUGAACAUUGUUUCUGCAAAACAGCAAAGAUAAGUGUUUUUUCAUAAAAGUGUUUUUUUUCAUAAUUGGAACAAAUGAUUUCGAUAUUAUCACAUCACCAAUUGCAUCAUCAUCAUCAUCAAACAAUUAAUUCAACAAAAUCAUCAUCAUCGAUUUUCAUAAAUAACAAAUCGAUUCACACCGACAAUAUUUCCAAUAUGUGGCAAGAUAUUGAAAGCGUCAUUUUACCACCAAUAUCGCAACAAACAUCAUUGUCAUCCACUGAUAAUGGACAAUUUUCGUUUACCUUGAUGAACAACAAUAACAACAGUAAUCAUCAUUCACCAUUAUCAAACAAAGUCAUCGAUAAUACCACCGUUGCAUCAAACAACAAUACAACUACAAACGAUAAUGAACAACAACAACAAGUGAUGUAUAAUAAUCAACAAACAACCAACAAUAGUCCACCAUCAUCAUCGACAAUCGAUACAAUCGAUAUGUAUCAUAAUCAUCAUCAUCAACAUCAUAAUCAUGAUUCAAUGCUUGUUUAUGAUAAUUACAAUCAUCAUCACCAUGAUCAAUAUCAUCAAUCAAUGAAUUCAGAUUAUUAUAAUCAUCAUCAAUCAGGUGGUGGUUACGGUAGUCAUCCUGUAAAUGCUGAUGCAAAUGAUUAUUUUCAAUUAGUACCACAACAAACAGCAUCAACAACAACAAGAUCAUCACAAAAAUCAUCAUCAUUAUCACCGGCAACAACAACAACAACAAAUUCGGCACCAACAACACCACCAAUGGAACAACAACAUUGUGAAUAUUCAUCAUCAUCAUUAUAUAAUCAUCAAGGAUCAUAUUCAUUAAAAUCAUCCAUUUCACCAUCAUUAUCGAUAACAACGACGCAGAAGCAAUUUUCACCACCACCACCACCAUCAUUGAAUGGUGAAAAUUAUUUUGGAUCAAAUAAUUUAGAUCAUCAUUGUUCAUUUGGUUUAUGGUCAGUUAACAACAACAGCAACAAUAAUGAUAAUGGUGUUGGUGAUGGUAAGAUUGAUGUUGAUGCCCACCUUAAUCAUCAACAGCAAACGGAUAAAAAUAGCGAUCUAAAUAAUAAUGAAGGUAUAUCGUUGGAUAGCGUUUAUUUUAAUCAUAAUCAUCCACAUCAUCAACAACAACAAUCAUAUGUACCAUCAUCAGCAGCAUCAUAUUGGAUUAAUAAUGAACCGAAUUCGGCAUUUAAUAUGGCGGUUAAUGGAUCGACAAAUCAUCAUCAUCAUCAACAUCAACAAAUAUCACCGCCAUCAUCACCACCGAAUAAUAAUAAUAAUGUUUUACAGCAACAACAACAAUCAUCAUAUUUAAAUGCUCAUCAUCAUCCUCAUCCACAAAAUGAUUCAUAUUAUAUAAAUGAUCAUCAAUUUGGUACAGGUAGUGAUGAAAUGAUUACUAAUUCGGGUAUUCAUCUUUCUCAUCAUCAUGACCAUCAUCAACAAUCAAAUGUUUCACCAGCAGUGAUAACAAAUACAAAUUCUCCAACAGUAUCAUCAACAACAACAAUUGAUGAAUAUAACAAUAACAACAUUGCAUCUGGUUAUAAUCAUCAUUAUCCAGUAGUAGAUAUUCAUCAGGUGAAUAAUACACAAAUUUUACAAAAUAGUCCAAAAUCAUUAUCAUCAUCAUCGUUAAUUGUUGGCCAAGAAAAUCAUCAUUCACAUUCACAAUCGAUUAUCCAUCGUGAAGAUCAAAGUCAGCAGCAUCAACAACAGCAACAUUUUUAUCCACAACAUGCUCAUCAUCAACAUCAUCAAUUGAAUGGUUAUUAUAAUGAUAAUAAUCAUCAUCAAGGACAUCACCAUCAUCAUAAUCAUAAUUGUAAUAAUACGAUCAAUUAUCAAACAAUUAGUUCAUCAUUAGUAACACCACCAACAUCACCACCACAAUUAUUAAAUCAAUCAAAAUUAUUAAUGCAAUCAUCAAAUACACAAUUAUUAAUGCAAAUUGGUAUUAAUACUAUUUAUACGACAACAACAACAACAACAGCUAAUGGAAAUGUUCAUCAUCAUACAGUUCAAGGGGUUAAACCAACAACUACUGGUCGUGGAAGACGUGGUCCAAAAUCGAAACAAGCUAAACAAGCUGCUGCCAAUGCAUCUAAUUUAUUAUUAACAAUGAUCAAUGAAAAUGGUCAAUUAAUAUCACCAUCAUCACAAACAACAACAACAGUAUUGGUUAAUGGAAAAAGUCGUCGUGGACGUAAAGCAAGUGGAAAGAAAAAAGUUACACAACAUGUUUGUAAUUAUGAUGGUUGUACAAAAACUUAUUCAAAAAGUUCACAUUUGAAAGCACAUCUUCGAACACAUACCGGUGAAAAACCAUAUCAAUGUAGUUGGAAAGGUUGUGGUUGGAAAUUUGCAAGAUCCGAUGAACUAACAAGACAUUUUCGUAAACAUACUGGUGAUCGACCAUUUCAAUGUCAACUUUGUGAAAGAGCAUUUUCACGUAGUGAUCAUCUUUCAUUACAUAUGAAACGUCAUACAAUGUUGGGUCGUUAAAAGUAAUCCAAAAUCCAAAUGAAAAACAAAAAUUGUUUCCCUCCACUCAAAAAACAGAGAAAAAAAGAAUUCAAUGAACACGAAAUCGAUAGAUCAA